AUGCAGAUGCCACCACGUGCAUCGAAUUUGCAAGACACGAGUUUUUUCUCUCUUCCCACUGUUGACUCUACAAGGGCAUCAAAUUCCGCCACCACAACUCGCCUGUUGACACGCCACCAAGUUGAAAGCGUGCUCGUAUCCGGUGGCACACCGCGUCGUCAAGGUACAGCAUAUUAUACACUUGACGUGUACACUACCACCCCGACUGGCACGCCAAACGACUUUCUUGCUGCAUGUUCAAAAAUCAAUGAUGACGUUGACCAAGCUACUGCUCGCAAACCCGCGUAUCAGGUCCAGAAGUCGCUAGCAGACUUUGAUAAACUUCGUCGCGCUCUUUACAACUCGUCACAAUUGGCACACAGGUCUGUCUCCUGUGAAUAUUGCACGGAAGUGAUUCAGUACCUUGGAAAGGGAGACAAAGGAUUUGGUAGCAGCACGCUUCGAAUGUUGACCGGGCGCGACAAAAUAAGACGCUCGCUGCAGGAGUUUGUGGACGUCGCUUUAGACAUUUUGAUACAUUUUGCCUGUAGUGAGGGUACGCCAUGGUGUUCUGCUCAAGUGCAGAGUCACCAACUCAUGCGUCAAUUUCUUCUACCACGAGCGUCAGAUGCGUGA